GCCGGCCGCUCUCCGUGGUGGCGGGACGGCUGUUGAUGGGUGAAAAGCCGGAGAAGAUAAUCAGGGCAUGCUGUCUGCCAGCAGCGAAGAGCCGCAUGCAGACGGCAAUCGGUCGGCUCCGAAGAGGCGGUGCGACGAUGGCGACGUGCUGUCUCAGACGGCGGUAGAAGAAGAGGGAGGAACGAUGCAACCUCAGCUGCAGAUCGCUCAGCAGCAAUCUCCGGAUGGCAGUCAUGAGGAUCGUCAAAGCAAUCUCGUUCCACCGAGCGAAGAGGAAGGCAGAAAGCGCCAACGGGUGACCGGUGGAGAUGCCCUCUCGGCAGAGAGAGACAGUCCGUGUCGUCGAGCUGGUUCUCCGCAUUUGGAAGCGUCGACUAACGUUUUGUUGAUGGCAUCGCCAUCGCCAUCGCAGACGGAGCAACCAAUCACUACCAGCAGGGAUAAGGACAGCGGAGAUGGAGAUGGACUUUCCAGUCUUGAGAGCGGUCAUGGUAACGGUCGUUACGACGAAGUAGGCAAAGGGCUGCACGUCGCCGUGGGGGGAUUAGAUUGCAUAGGCGAACGAUCCGACGAGGAGCAGCGCAAUCCGCAAAAGCAGAAGCAGAAGUCUGACGACUUGGAUCGAGAAGCAGAAGUACUAGCUCGCGUUAGUGACGAAUUUGAAGUGUUCAAGGCGAAGGUAGAACUCGUGAGCGAACAAUUCAGAGAGUUUAAAGCGAGGGUGGCGGAGAAGGUGAGGAGUCGUCUCAGGGCAGCUGCCAAAACGAAGGGUGUUCCGUACGACGAGCAGACAUGGGAAUCCAAAUCUCUCCAUGCUCUACCGCCUCCUUCUCCUCUUUCUCCUCUUCCUCAUCCUCAUCCUCCUGCAGAUAUUGACUUCUUCCUACCGACCUCUUCUCAAAGCCCUCGUUUUGCAAGUGCAAGCUCUGGCAACUCUUGCAGCGCUUCGGCUCUGACGUCUUCGGCAUCAGCAGCGGCGGCAUGCUCGUCCGCGUCGGCGGGGGGCGGCGCCCAAGGUUGCAGUAGCGGUGGGGAAGCUUCCGCUGCCCCCGUGCGCUUGUCUCCGCCGGCAUCUGGUGGCGUCAUUGAAGAAGAUCUGCGCGACCUUAAGUCUAACGCGCUGCCGACCGAGGACGCAACCACUGUCGUCGAGGAGACUGCGCGCCAACAACCUGAGCAUCAGGAGAAGCAAGAAGAGGAGGGAGCAUCGGCGAACGAACCUCCUGAUCAAGGAGGAACCUCCUCUCUUCCGCUGAACGAACUUUCGCCAACGCUGCCCACCUCGGCCGCUUCUACCGACUCCGCGGAAAAACAAACACAGCACGUCUCGGCUUUGCCGCUACCGCGAGAUGGAUGCGAUCUUGCUGUCAAUGGUGGUGGUGGUGGAACCGUCGUCGUGGUGGCAGCGGAGUCCACUGCCGAGGGUGGCGAGGAGAAGAUCUCCGAAGGUGCCGACAAAGUUGAUGUCAUCGAAAAAGAAAGCGGUCACGGCGGUGAGGAAGUGCCGAUUGCUGACAAAGACAAGCCACCAGAGGAAGUGGGCGAGGAGGGGGACGGAAAAGGGUUUGCGGCGUUCCAAGCAGCAGCUGCUGCGCCUGAGGCAGAGGUCGGAGGAGUGGCGGAGGGCGAAGGAGUGGCGGAGGGCGGAGGAAUGGUGGAGGGGGAGGGAGCGGCAAGCACAUGCUCACCCAAGCUUGCUGCAGAUGAAGUGCCGCGCACACCUGUAGCGAAGAUUGUCCCCAGCGGAAUUCCUAGUGAUGAUCCCGCGGCAGGCUACAUCUCACCUCAGAGCAUUAAGCGUAUUAUCAAACUCCAGAUGUCUGACGUUUCGGCAGGCACGAGUGGUUGUCCCUUGCCGGAAGAUGACCCCGAACCCUCGCCGCCUGUACACCGUUCAUCUCCGCCUCUUCGUCUCGGCGGAUCAACGCUGCAAAUACAGGUCAAAAGCGUCGAGAUCGGAACGGACGAACGAUCUCUCAUCUCCCCUUCAUCUCUCUCUGAGCUGUCUCUUCGGGAGGAGGAGGAGGAGGGGGAGGUGGUUUCUCCUCACCCGCUGCUGUCCUCCUCCUCCCUUUCAUCUGAGACCCCACCUCUUACUACUCUACGUGCUGCAGAUGAUAACGACGUCGGCUGGACAGAAGUGCCAUGCGCCAGCUCGCAGACGUUUCCGCCCCCAUCCCCUUCAAGGAAUGACAUAUUCAGCGAAGAGAAUAUGGGCGCGAAUAAGGAAUCCAGUGUUUGUACCGGUAUCGAGGAGGAUCGAAGUACUGCCGCAAGAGUGGCGGAGGCUGCAGCGCAAGCUGCCGAGGAGAAAGAUGCUGCAGAUGCAGACGAUCAGAGGAAGAGCGUCGGAGCCCUCAGCGAUGCUGCAGGACAGGAGCAGGUGGAAGAAGAAGAUGCAGUUGGCCCGGAAGAGGGGAAGGGCACCGCGACUUUGGAAGAUUCUGAAGCAGGAAAAGAAAAGCCGAGCUGGGACGGUCAGCGUAGUGACUCGAUUGGGGAUCUUCCUAAGGGAAAAGACGAACGUGUGAGCACGGUUGCCGUGAAUGGCAAAGGCAAUGGGUUAGCGGGUGCUCCUGCAUCCUCCUCCUCGUCUCACAGUAGGACGACAGUGUCUGCUCCCAGUGCCGUUACUCUACAUUUGCCGAACGAUACUCUGUCUGUAGUUUUUUCCUUUCUGCCGGUGCAGGAUCGGCUGUUCACCGUCCCUUGUGUGUGUCGUCAAUGGCGCGCUGUUGCCUCGCGGCCCAAAAACUACAGAGUCGUGGAUGCGCUCGACUGGACAGAAAGCCGGAUCUUGUGCGCCAGUCUCUUGACCUUCUUCCCCGUCCGCCCGCUGUGGCGGCUGGUCAAUGGUCGGAUCACACGGAGCGCAGCGGACGAGUUGUUGAGGAGGUUGGUGUACAUGAGUCGCGGUCAUCUCGAGGUACUGCGGUCGAAGAACUGCUCUUCGGCAGGGCUGUGGUAUCUUGCUGUCCCUUCCUCCUCCUUAACGAGCAGUGGUGGUCCCUGUGUCCCCUCUGCCUUAAGGUUGACGGAGCUUGAGCUUCUCGACCUUCUCGAGCCCGUCGACGAUCCGCUCUGCCGCCUUCUCUCCCCACGUCUGAAGCGCCUUGUCCUGUCCCCCGCGUACCCAGAGUCCCACAGUUGCGGGGAUGGCAGCCAGCAUGUAAUAACGGACAAGUUGUUGUAUGCUCUGGCGGAGACGUGUCCGGAGCUUACCCACCUGAACAUCAGGGAAUGCCGAGGAGUGACGGACAAAGGACUGAUUGCUGUCGCACGCCGUUGCCCGGCGCUCAGAGAAGUAGGGUUGGAGGGAUGCCUGGUGAAGGAAGAGGAUGCGGUGUGGGUGACGGAGGCAUUUUCCCGCAAUUGUCCCUCUCUCACAGCCGUGAACUUAUCGCAGAGCGAUCUUCCUGGCGACGCAUUGCCGCACCUCUUCGGUCGCUGCAGGCGGCUUGCCCACGUUAGCUUGACUCAUCUUUGGUCCAAUCCCCAUUCGUCUCAUGUCACGAAGGCAUUGGAGAGCAUGGGAGAAGUGAGGGAGUUGGCGGUGUCGAGCAAUCGGUGGUUCGGUGAUGCGGAGUCGAUCGAGCUUGCGAAAUGGGCCAAGCAUCUCACCUCGCUCGACGUCACACAGACCUCCGUGGGCGAUGUGGGAAUGGGAGCAAUUGUGGGCAAACUGGGGUGGCAGCUGCGGUCUCUGCGUGCUACGGACUGCAAGAUCUCGGAUGCGUCUGUCCUGGCCAUAACCAGCUGUUGCUUCGAACUGCGGCAUUUGCAGCUCGGCUCAGCGAAUAUGACGGAUUCGGCUGCAUCUCUUAUUGCCCGGGGCACGUGUCGGAAACUCACAACCCUGCGACUCUGGUCCCGUACCAAUCCUUCUCAGAACCCAUGCUUCCAGUCCAUGUCCGACCUUCGUCUGCUUUGCUACCGGAUCCCGAACAUUAGCGUUCUGUCUCUGGCGCUGUGUGACUUGUCCAAAUCUGGGGUAGGAGGAGGAGGACGGGCAGGCGAUGGCAGCGGGAGCCGCGACGUGUCGCAGGCGAAUGGGGGAGGAGGGGGACUAGAGGGCAACUGCUGGACUGGCGCUGUGGAAAAGUGUAGCAGUGCUUCGUUCCUUGACGGGAUAUCUGCGCUCGCUGGAACCCUAACUAGACUGAGAUUAGUGGGCCGUCAGUCAUGGCGGUUCUCGGAGUUUGGCGCGGAAUUCUGCCAGCUCUUGAGCAAAUGCGAGAAGCUGGAGGCCAUUGAUCUGCAGUACAUAAAUGGCAUCAACGAUUCAGAUCUGCUGGCGUGGGGUGAUGCUGCGCCUCGACUGCAGUGGGCCAUGUUUCACUAUUGCGAGCGGGUGACCAGUGAAGGGGUGAAAGCUCUCCUCUUGCGCUGCAAGAAGCUGCGUGGAGUGAGAGCGCACUGCAGCCCAAUUCCAGAGGGAAAAUCGUGGGAGUGGUUCUCAGAAGUACAGGUGGCACUCAGAGGAGGAAGGGUCCUGGAUGGCCGCCGGCGAUUGACAGAUCCGUCCGCCCUUUUUUGAGCCAAAUCUCCUCUCCCUCCCUCUCUCUCUCUCUCUCUGUGUUAUCCUGUGGGAAUUUGCUUGACGGCUUCGGCUUUCUUUCCCGCUCUUCUUUUCUCUCUUUCCCAUCGAUUUCUCGUGUCGCUGGCUGCAUCAGUGCAACGGGAGAUAAAUGGAGAGACGAUGGUUUGCCAUUUGGAUACAGGUGGGGGGCCACGGAUUAGACCUGGGAUGGGGACGGAGGGGCAUAUCGGAGGCGCAGGACGAGACAGCGGGAGCAGGGGAAGAGAGGGCGAAGCACAGCCGGAGAGGUCUCUGGGCGGGCAUGCUUCAGGCCGUCUUGCACGGGACAUGUUGACAGAGGCUGGCGUGGGUUGCUUGGGCAUGCGUGUUUCAGGCCGUCGAGCGCAGAACGAGUAGAGAGAGUCUGGCGUGAUUAGCCCUACAGUCAUCUGUGAUCAUGCUCUGCGCCUUCCGGUCGGCAUUGAGCUUGUCUCAUUAGCAGUUGCCUCUGUGGGCCUGCUCACUCGCGUAUGUACGGUUGUUCACACUGUUGCAUGAGUUAGCUUGCACUUUGCGGGCGGGCGGAUGGUUGCGUACAGAUUGCAACAUUUGUUCUUGGGUGGGUAUUGUGGGUGUUCGUAAAUGAGCUUGAGCUCUUGCGCGUGAUCAUGCAUGAGCCUCCGCGUGCCCUGCUGGUUCGGUCUACCCCCUUAUUUUCCUCUGAAAGCAAUUGCAAAUUGCAAGUGGCGGUUGUCUGGCUUGGUGGGAGAAGCUAGCAAUCGUCAGGAGCAUCGAUCAUUGGCUUUUUUGAAUUAGAGCAUCAAUCAUUGGCUCUCGAACCGGAGAAGUCUUUUCACACUAGCAAUCGUGCGAAGCAUUCCUGAGCCUUCUCGUCCCUCUCCGCCUGUGCAGCACUCUUGUUGUCAUACGAUUGUUGAUAAGAAGUAUUGCCUUUUGCACCUCAACGCGAAGAGCCAAGGCCGCUGCAUCUCAUGUUAGCUUGGCAGUCAGUUCCGUUGACGGAAUUGUGCCACCUGUCGUGUUCGAUGUUGUCAAGUCUUCUGUUUGGCAAGACUUUUGGCUUCUACAUGUUGAUUGAUCGGUGGGGACCGCGGAGGACGCCAUGUUUGGCUUUCGUCCCUCCAGCAGUUGUCCCUCACUGAUGAGUUGUCCGUGUUUCAUCAUCGUUGUGCAGAUCGUCACCGAACUACAAAGAUAGCCAAGUGGUCAGCCAGUCCAUCCGUGCGUAUCUUUUCGUCCGUUGGCUGUCGUUUGUCUUCCCCUGUACAACUACCCCCAGAAGACAAGCUUAACCCCGUUGUCAUGAACAGCAAAUAGGUAGAUUAGAUAUUAGACAAGUGUGCGACAUCGUUUUUGUUUUAGGAGUCAGAGCGAAAUCCGGUUUGAGUGCUGCACCGUUUUUCAUCCAUACUCCCUCUCUCUGUGUCUCCCUGGUCAACAGAGAGAAAGGUCGUUUGCCCUGUCUUGAGCUGCGCAGCUUUUCAGCGGCAACCUGUAGAUCCUUCCCGCUCUCGAGUACAAGAUGUAUGCUUCUUCGACCGUCAUCUAAUCUCGAGUUUGCAAAUGACG